AUCGAAUUAAAUAAUGUUUUUUUAAAUCUUAAUACUUAUACUUAAAAAUAGAUUAAAUUUAAUAAUCUGAAAAUGAUUAAACUAUAUCUAUUGUCCAAAACAUUAAAAAUAAAUUUAUAAUUUGAUCUCAAAUAGAUUUUUUUUCUAAUACAAAAAUCAUCCUGAAUUUCCUCAAUGUUAUUAUUUUUACUUAUAUGAUGUAUUUUGUAAAACCAAGAAUUUUGGCUUAAUGAUAUUUAAAGAGAAAUUCUUUAGAAUAUUAUUUUUUUAAGUUUUUGUCACAAAAUAGUUUUCAAUAAAAAAAAUAACCAAAAUAAGUUUUAUAAUUUUAUUAUAUGGUAAAAAUGUAAUCCAAAACUAAAAUGGGUUAACUAAUUCAGACUUAUGGUUUAGAGUCAAAGGGUGAAGUUUUGGAAAUAAAGUUUCAAAUUUUAAAAAAUAAAAAAUUAAAAUUAAAAUUUAAUCAUAUAAUUUCUUGAGAACUAUAUUUGCGAUAAAAACUUUAAAAUAGCUAUCCGAGAGAAUUUUCCUAUUUUAAAACUGCACUUAAUAUUAUAAAACCAAUAGUUUUUAAGAAAAAAAAAAAAAAUCCAUAAACCAAACCAAGCUAAAUCCCAUAAAGCCUAAUACUAAACCGAAUUGAACCGGGUACGCACCAAAAACUAUAAAACUCUGUUGAUUAACGCCGAUUUUCACCAGCUUCUCAUAAACCCUUAAGCCGGAUUUCAUCAUCAUACAUCGUGAAAGAUGCAAAACGAUGAGGUUAUAUGGCAGGCUAUCAGACACAACCACUGCAGUUACAUGGCCAAGUAUGUCUCUUUUCUUCUCUCUUUGCUUUUGUCUGAAAGAUUUGCUUUGAUGAGCUUUUGCUGUAAUUUUACUUUUUGUAGAAUCGAAACAGGAAUCUUCUGCAGAAACCCUUAUAACGUAACAGGUAUCUGCAACCGUAGCUCUUGCCCUCUUGCCAACAGUCGCUACGCCACCAUCCGUGAUCAUGAUGGAUUUUUUUAUUUAUAUAUGAAGACAAUAGAGAGAGCACACAUGCCAAAGAACUUGUGGGAGAGAAUAAAGCUGCCUAGAAACUAUGAGAAGGCCCUUGAACUCAUUGAUAAGCACUUGUUGUACUGGCCCAAGCUGUUACAGCACAAGGUUAAACAAAGACUGACCAAAAUGACUCAGAUCCGUAUUCGUACAAGGAAACUUAAUCUCAAAACAAGGGAGAAGGUAAUGACUAUGGCAAGGAGGGAUAUAAAGAGAGAGCCAAGAAGAGAGGAAAAGGCUUUAAAAGCAGCACAGUUGGAGAAGUCCAUUGAAACAGAGUUGUUAGAACGUUUGAUGAAAGGCGUUUACCCUAAGAUACUCGAUUACCCAGAGCUUGUUCAAAAGGAAGUUGAAGUUGAAGAAGAAGAAGAAGAAGAAGAGGAGGAGGAGCCAGAGAUUGAAUAUGUUGAAGGCUAUGAUGAACUCUUGGAAGAAGUAGAAGAAGAUAUUGAAGAUUUCUAUGGUGGCUUCCAAUCUAAGGAGUCUCACCUUGACAAUGAUGAUGAUUAUGACUUUGAAGAUGAUGAGGAUGGUGAGGAGCAAGUAGUGAUUCAUAAAAAGGGAAGAGCAUUGAAGAAGUUUGAUGGUAAUGGGAAGUCGAAGAAGAAAUCAAAAGUAGUUGUUGAGGUCGAGCAAGAUGAUGGAGAUACCAGGCAAAUCCUUAAAAGCCUGAAGCUUUGAGAACGAUAGUGAAUAAAAUUUUCUUUUUUUUUAUUAAUAUAAAGCUAACAUGCUAGUUACAUUUACAAAUCAAAACCAUUUAUUUGAAAAGAAAUCUUGCUUUGUUUUAGUUUUUGUCACUGUGAUUCUUUCCAAGUUAAGAGACAAAUAGAUCGGAUAUCAAUACAUUUUUAUCUG